CGUUGAUUGAGUGAUUGAAGGUUCACUUUAGAAUUAUUUCAAGAAGUGUUUUGAAAUUGAUAUAGUGCUGAUAUUUAAUCAAAAACAUUAAAAGCACUUAAGUGCAAUUACUUCUCCUGCGAAGUUAAUAACAAACAAGUGGUCGACGACAUAAAAUUGAAAAAACCUGAAAAAUGGCCUAUAACAAUAAACAAUAUAACACACGAUUCUCGGGCCGCUAUAACACACCUGGCCAGUUUGUUCCUGCUGCGGAGACGUACGUGGCACCUCAGCCUCAGCGGAAGGCGCAACAGCACCAAAAUCUGCAGCCCGUGCAGGUGAGCGAGCAGGCCAAAGACGAAGACGUUAACAUGGUGGACAUGCCAGUGGCGCCAAAAAGCGAUGAAGUACCCCCUACGCGGCCGCAUUGGAUGAAGAGCAAACUGCCAGGAGUAAAGAAAGUGAGCAACAAGGAGCGACGACGUCGUCAGAACGAGAGCCUGCGCCGCCUGCUGACCCCCAAGAACGCGCUGAUGGUGCUCAACGAGAUCCUCCCCGCCGAGCAGGUCGCCAGCGUCAGCCAAUUCAAAGUGGAGCCGUCCUCCAACAACCAGUACUACAAGGCUCCGAACACGCACAGUUUCUGCGCCGACCUCACGGUAGACGGCACCAACUACAAAGGAUAUGGCGACAACAAGCUGAUGGCGCGCAACGCGGCCGCCGAGCAAGCUAUACGAGAUCUCAUCAUUAAGAAGAUGAACAAGGUCAUCAACAGCGACAGUGGUUCUAACAAUGGCGACUGCGGCACUGACGAGGACGCGCUACCCAUGAUCCAGCUCGCGUCCUUCGCGCUGCACAAGCUGUUCACGGAGUGGGAGUACGAGGGCCACAAGGUGCCACAGCUGAAGCCCACGGCCCUCUCUGGCUCGGAGAGCGUGCAGGAGGCGCUGGGCAAGAAGCAGAAGGAGCUGCCGGCCAACGCGGUCGACAUGCAUCCCUGCAUGCUACUCACGUACAUGCGCCCGCACAUGGAGUACCGCGAGCUGGCCGUGGAGGGAGACCGCCCUCAGAACAUGCUGUUCACCAUGGGAGUCGACGUGGACGGCAACACGUACAUCGGCAAAGCCCCCAACAAGAAGGAGGCGCGCAAGCUGGCGGCCAAGUCUGCGUGCUCGGCGCUGUUCGGCGUGCAGUACCCGGCGCCGGCCGCGCAGGCGCAGUAGCGCCGCGCCCCGCCCCCCGCCGCGCCCGCCAUCUCGCACGCCGCCAUCUUGGACGAGUACCUCUUGAACCUAUCCUUGCAGGACAACCUCAACAAUUCUUUCUACGUGGGCGGAGUUGAUACAUGUGAUCUACUUACAGUGUACGAUCGCUUUGUCACAUGAAUACGUCCGCAAGCAUCCUCUGCUUGACUCGCCAUGUUAGAUAAUGUUAGCAUUUUUCAACUUCACAUAUACCUAGAAUACUAGAAUGAUCCAAUUCGGUGUAGAGGCUGCCCGCGGCAUACUGGCGAGUGUGGCGCGUGCAUUGUGCAUACACUACGCGAGUGUUGAAUGGACUGAAACUGCUAAUUGUGUAAAACGGAGGAAACCCUCUUACCAUACAAUUAUUAUUCUCUAUAUAGGAAGCUAUAUUAUUUCCUACUUAAUUAUUAUAAAUGAAUUUUGUAGCUAUAUGAAAUAAGUGGAUAUUAUAAUUACCUAUUAUUCUAUAUUUUUGUCAAUCGAAACAUUAUUGUAAUUGCACAUGACUUGAUUGGUGUAUUUAUAAUGUUGUAAUUUUACAAAGUUUUAUUUAAUUUCCGUUGUUUAGCUAACGCGUGAAAUCCAUUACAUACACAAUGUUCUUACUGUAGUGACAUUAUGCAUUCAUUAAGUGACUAAUGUAAUAAAUGACUAGCCUUCUGAAUAAAGUGACUUACGUG